UCACAAAUCUUGUAUCGGAGAUGGCUGUUUAUGCUGCUGUAACUUCUCUGAUGGGAACAGUGCACCUGAUUUCGCAAUCCAGCUUAGACUUUCAGGAAAGUAACAAAGAAUGUUCGAAAUCACUCCACGAGAAGGUUGGUUCUCUGUUAGAGUUUCUUGACAAUUCUGAUAAUGAACUGAUGAAGGAUCUGCAGAAAAAGGUCAAAGAUCUAGCAAAUGAAAUAGAAGAUGAAGUCGAAUCACAAGUUUUGCAGAUUAUGGAGAAGGAUGAACAUAUUCAAACAGAGGCAAAUGAGAGGCUUCGUAAGAUCUUGGAACAAGCUAUAGAAGACAUCGAUUCUGUGAAUGAAGAGCUCAGAAAGCAGAGGAACAAGAAUAACAAUUCGCUAUCUGGAAAUUGUUCGCUUGGUGGUUCUACUUCACCACGAUCGCGUGUUUCAACCCUUGAGAACGACAUGGUGGGGCACAGCGAUGAACAAGCGAGAGUGCGGGGUGAGCUUAUCGGGCACUCAUCUCUACUGGAAGUCAUCUCCAUUACUGGGAUGGGUGGCAUAGGCAAGUCAACUUUUGCCAAAACGAUGUUUUCCGAUCCCUCAGUUAUGGGCUUCUUCGAUGUUCGUGGAUGGAUUACUGUAUCCAAGGACUACAGUUUAAGAAAGAUGCUUCUAUCCCUCCUUCAAGACGCUAUUGGCGUGAAUGAAGUGCUUGAUAAGAAACCCGAUGAUGAACUAGCUGAUUGCUUGCAGAAAUGUCUCAAGGGAAGAAGGUAUUUGAUUGUUGUGGAUGACAUAUGGAGCACGAAAGCCUGGGAAGACAUCAGACAAUGGUUUCCAGAAAACAACAAUAGAAGCCGAAUUCUGUUGACUACUCGGAUAAUGGAGGUUGCUCGAGAUGCUAGCUAUCCUAAGAAUCUUUUUCCAAUGCGUUUCCUAGAUCCAGAAGAAAGUUGGAAUUUGUUUUGCCAAAAGGCUAUCAGCAAAAAUGAUUGUCCAACUGAAUUUGAGAAUGUUGGAAAGGUAGUUGUAGAAAAUUGCAAAGGCUUACCACUAAUGAUUUCUGUGGUUGCAGGGUCUCUUUCUAGCAAGAGGACGCUGGACGAGUGGAAUGAAGUAGCUCAAAGUGUAAGCUCAUUAGUAAACCUUGAUGAUUAUCAACGUUGCUCAGGAGUGCUCGCUUUGAGCUACAAUCAUCUUCCUUCCCACUUGAAAGCUUGCUUUCUGUAUUUCGGAGUUUUCAAAAAAGCUAGUGAAAUUUCUAUUGAAAACUUGAUUAGAUUAUGGAUAGCAGAAGGACUCUUUAAGCUGUGGGGGAUUGGGGAUUUGGAAAAAGAGGUUUGUAGUUUACUACAUGAUCUUAUUGAUAGAAGUUUAAUUGUUGUUUGCAAGCAUAGUUUGGAUGGAAAAAUCAAGACAUGUAGGAUUCAUGAUCUUCUCCAUGAUUUAUGCUUGAGAGAAUCGGUAAGUGAGAGUCUUUUGUAUGCUUCAAAUACCUCAAUUUCAGGUACCAAUGUUCCUCAACAUCGUCGGUGGGUUUCAUUUCAUCAAGAGCCAGUGCUAAAUUUUUUCUCUCUUACCUUCCCUACUUAUUGCAAAACACGUUCUCUUCAUUUUCUUGCGGUAAAACCGUACCGUACUACAUUUGAAUUAGGACUAGACCGUUUCAAACUUCUUAGAGUAUUAGACUUCCUGGGAUCAAACCUGAUACAUUUAUCUAACGUAUUAGCAAACCUAGUUUCCUUAAGGUAUUUGAGGGGUGAUUUCAGUGGAUAUCCACUAAUUUAUAAACUUCGGAAUCUACAAUUUCUUAGUUUUUGUCAAGUAAAUAAGCUUCUACCCAAUGAAAUUCACUUACCAGAUGGAACCUGGAAAAUGUCUCAAUUGAGGCAUCUCCACUCUGCAAGUUUUUAUUUGUGUUCUCCUCCAAAGGUAUCUGGCAAUAAGUACCGGGUUUUGGAAAACUUGCAAAGUGUUCAUGGGUUGAGACCUGUUUGUUGCACAAAAGAAAUGUUUGAAGGGAUUAAAAAGGUGAAAAAAUUGGGGAUUUGUGGCGAGACUAAUCACUUCUAUUAUGCGCCCAAAUGCCUAGAUUAUCUUAGAUAUUUACCUGAGCUAGAGAAACUAAAAAUCUUAUUAUACGAUCAUUACGGAAGUGAUUUGCUUCAUAAGCAGCCAGUUCCAUGUGUGGGUUCUUUCCCACCGAAUCUCAAGAAGCUGACACUUCAAGGAACUCAUCUAUUAUGGUCAAAACUGACAAUCAUUAGCAAGUUGCCCAAACUCGAGGUGCUCCAAUUGAAGGCAUUAAAGUUGUUUGGUGAUGAGCUUGGAGAAACUGUCUGGAAAGUAUCAGAGAUGGGAUUUCCUAAAUUGAAAUUUUUGCUCUUAGAGAAGAAGGGUCUUAAAUACUGGAAGGCCACCGACGAUUCUUUUCCAUGCCUUGAGCGUGUAAUUAUCAAAAACUGCCGUUUCUUACAAGAGAUUCCUAAAGAAUUUGCAGAUAGUAUGACACUGAAGCGAAUUGAGUUAUGGGGAUGUACUCCUUCCCUUGUGAAUUUCGCUAAGGAGAUCCAAGAAGAGCAAGAGAGUUUGGGAAACAACAUACUUCAAGUUUAUGCCUAUGACACAAUUAGAGGUAAGUGGAAUGAUUCUUCAACAUCCAUUAUAUGUUUUACCAGUAAUUAA